UAUCUUUACUAAAUCUAAAAAUCAAAAGGGUCGCCCACUUCUCCCACUCGGGGCCUCGGGCAUCAAGAAGCCCUUUUCUGAAGUUGCCCUCCAGACGAGAGAAUCCCUAAAAAGGCCCUAUUUUCCUCUGCCAGUCUCAAUCCUCGCAGAGGAUCACAGAUCGAAACAUGAAACCCUAGAAACGGGAAAAAUAUUUGUCAAGAUCAGAGAUCUAAACCAAAUCGAUGGCGAAACAGUCGACGUCGUGGUUGACAUUUCACAAGAGGUGGCCUCUCUUGCUCGUGGCAUUGCUUUCAACAUCCACCGUGAUAGUCUUGCUCAUCAGAGCCGCAUCCGAUUCCUGCAACACUAAUUCCGUUACUACUACUACUAUUACUACUACUCCCCAUUACAGCUAUGAGAACACUCGAAUUCAGGUAACCUCACAAGUUGAAACCCCAUCGAAUCCUCUCCGAUUCAUGAAAUCCAAGCUCGUCCUCUUGGUUUCUCACGAGCUUUCUCUUUCUGGUGGACCUCUGUUACUGAUGGAGCUUGCAUUUUUGUUAAGAGGUGUGGGUGCGGAAGUUGUCUGGCUUACCAUCCAAAAACCCACAGAUUCAGAUGAGGUCAUAUACAGUUUGGAGCACAGGAUGUUGGACCGCGGAGUCAAGGUGUUCCCUGCAAAGGGUCAAGAAGCUAUAGAUACGGCUCUUAAAGCUGAUUUGGUUGUUUUAAAUACUGCUGUGGCUGGGAAGUGGUUGGAUUCUGUGGUUAAAGAAAAUGUCCCUCGCAUUCUUCCAAAGGUGUUGUGGUGGAUUCAUGAAAUGCGAGGGCAUUAUUUUAAAUUGGAGUAUGUUAAGCACCUUCCCUAUGUUGCUGGUGCCAUGAUUGAUUCACACACAACGGCAGAGUACUGGAAGAACAGAACACGAGAGCGGUUAGGAAUUAAGAUGCCUGAAACCUAUGUUGUGCACCUUGGAAAUAGCAAAGAACUGAUGGAAAUAGCUGAAAACAAUGUGGCCAAAAGGGUUCUCCGUGAACAUGUACGGGAAUCUCUUGGAGUGCGGAAUGAAGAUUUACUAUUUGCCAUAAUAAAUAGUGUUUCACGUGGGAAAGGUCAGGAUCUAUUUCUGCGUUCCUUCUAUCAAAGUUUGCAGCUGAUCAAAGGGAGGAAACUACAGGUGCCAUCAAUUCAUGCAGUAAUAGUGGGAAGUGACAUGAAUGCUCAAACAAAAUUUGAAACCGAACUUCGCAACUUUGUUGUGGAGAACAAAAUUCAAGACCAAGUGCAUUUCAUCAACAAAACCUUGACUGUAGCUCCUUAUUUGGCUUCUAUUGAUGUUCUUGUGCAAAAUUCUCAGGCCCGCGGAGAGUGUUUUGGGAGGAUAACCAUUGAAGCAAUGGCCUUUCAGCUGCCUGUACUGGGCACGGCAGCUGGAGGAACCACAGAGAUUGUGGUAAAUGGGACAACAGGUUUGUUGCAUAAUGUUGGGAAAGAGGGCGUGAAACCUCUUGCAAAUAAUAUUGUGAAGCUAGCAACAAAUGUUGAGAGGAGGUUGACAAUGGGAAAGAGAGGGUACGAAAGGGUUAAAGAGAGGUUCUUAGAACACCACAUGUCUCAGAGAAUUGCUUCAGUUCUAAAGGAAGUCUUGAAGAAGGCAGAAAACCACGCAUUUUCUUGAUUUUCAAGGACACUUGAAACAUUUUUCAGUUGAAAAUUUUGUUUUGGAUUUGGUGUCAUCGGUUUGGGACUCUGCUUCCUUGUAUCAUAUGUAGAAAAAUGAGUACUAAUAUAGUACAUUAUUUUUUUCUAAAGAAAUGGUUUGGUUGUUAAGUCUA